AUGUACGCCGCGAGACGCUCGACCCGCGCCCUGCUUGCAGCAUUGUCCCUCGAAUUGUUGUUCAUCAUGCCCGGAAGUUUAGCGAGAACUUUCACCGUCAUCAAUGCUUGCCCGUUCACAAUAUGGCCAGCGGUAUUCACCGAUCUUAACGCUGGGACAGCCGUGCCAGAUGUGGCCACUGGGUGGGAAGCAGCUGCUGGCUCUUCCGUAACCUUCAGCGUUCCAGACAACUGGAAGUCGGGCCGAAUUUGGGGUCGCCGCGACUGCGACUUCAGCACCAAUCCUGGACCAAACUCUUGUCUGGAUGGAGGAUGCAACGGAGGACUUCUCUGCGACCCUCAUACCGGCACAGGCGUUCCUCCCGCCACUGUUGCUGAAUGGACUCUUCAAGGAGAUGGCAACAGAGAUUUUUACGAUGUGUCGCUCGUCGACGGUUUCAAUCUGCCGAUGAGCAUCACGAACUCGGCGGGCUGUUCUGUGGCCGAUUGUCCGAUAGAUCUCGGACCGAAUUGCCCAUCCGCGAUCAAAGGACCAUUCGACUCUAACGGUUAUCCAGUCGGGUGUAAGAGCGCAUGUGCAGCCAAUCUGGACGGGAACCCACAGGAUUCUCCUAAUUGCUGCAGCGGGAGCUAUAGCACGGCCGCGACGUGUCCUUCCUCCGGCGUCGCAUACUAUUCAUACUUUAAGGGCAAUUGUCCGAACUCGUAUGCUUAUGCAUAUGACGAGAGCAGCAACACUGCGUUGUGGACGUGUAAUUCUAGUCUGAACGCCGACUACACCCUGACAUUCUGCCCGUGA